CCAGCCGAGAGCGGGUCGGGCCGCGCUGGAAGCGGCCGUUCUGCCUCGGGGCACGGCGAGAGGCUGCGAAAUCGCUGUCGGGGGGGGGCUUUGCUCGGCCCCCCACCCUCGGUUCGCUUGUCGGCGUCCUCCUCCUCCUCUGAAUCAUUUCAGAUUUUUUAAUUAUUUAUAAUUUAUUUUAUUUUUUCGGCCGAGUUCAGCAAUCGGGAGUCUCAAAGACGCUUAAAUUGCUGUUUUGCCGAAAAGGAGUGAAACAAGCACUCCGGUGGUGGUUGUUGUUGUUUGAUUUUAUUUACACUUUUAAACCUGCAUAGACUGCCUGAGCUAAGAAUGCACCCAUGGCAAGGACUAUCUGUGAAUACAGUUUAAGUGGGGCUUUAAAAUGGGCCUACUGGAAUAUUUCUUUCUAGGCUUUAAAUUAUUCAUACCUACUGAAUUGGCUUUAAAAUGUCAUUUAAUCAUGCUAUAGUUCUAUUUAACUUGCUUUCAGUAUAAUAUCAUUUUUUUUCAACUUUGUUACGUAACGUUCAAGGCUUAAAUUUAAAUUUAUGGAUGUGUUAUCAUUAAUAUUGAGCUGAAUGUCGUGUGUAAGUUUCCCUCCUCUAUUUUUUUCCUUCUAAACUGGAUAUAGUUAGCUUUCAUAAUAUUCUUAACUAUGUAGUCCAUCCCACCAAGGUUAGUAAUGCUGCUUAGAUAGAGUUUCUCAUUACUGAAAAUUUGUACUUCCUACUAAUUAUAUGAGUGCUAUAAGGAGUCAAGAGCUUUUUUUUUCUAUGUUUACACUCUGCCUUUAAUGUUCCCUUAGUGUUUUCACAGAAGAGCUAGUUCAGACUUGUAUCAUAUCUGCAUCCUUUUUCCAGUGUUAAGUGUCUUGUGGUAACUGGCCUCUAGCUGAGAAUCUGCCAAUAAUCCCCUUUCUUUCCUAAUGAGAGAUGGUCAAAUGCUCCCUGUAAUCAAACCCUUCAUCAUUAUGUCAACUGUAUCCCCAGCUGUGAGUCUUUAAAAUUUGGUAGCUUCUGUUACUUGGACUAUAGGACUAUAAGAUCUCAAAAGUACACUUUGAUUUUCUUGAGUUCUCAUUAAAAAAAAAGCCUCUGAAAUUGAAUGGAGUCCUGCCCAACCUUGCAGUUAUGUGUCUUAAUUAGGUCAAGGAAAGGUAGUGUAACAUCCCAUGGUGAGUUUUCUGCCUGUGCUUUUUGAAACUGUUAUAAAGUGGUUCUGAACAGUUAUGAAAACUGAAAAACUUUUCAUCAAGUGAAAAGCCUUCAAAUUGAGUAGCCCCAUCUAAAACAUCUGCAGUAGCUUUCCGUUUCUUCCAGAGACAGUUGAUAGCACCUUCUCUGAGUAUCUGAUACCCUGAUACUUCUAACAGUGUUAAAUUCCCUUUUUCCCUUCCAGGCCCAAGUUUCCAGUCUGUUCCUUUGGUUUCCGCUUUCUGCAGUUUGUUAGUAAGAGAUCCUCCUCCUUGUAGCAUCUGUAGCAUUAAUUUCUAGAGCUGGCUUUCAAAAAUGUUCUCAUGAAAGGAAUGUUGAAACUUCUUUUCAGAUCACUACUCUCUUCACUUUAGCUGCAGCCUUGCACUUGAGAAUAUUGGGAAUGUUUUCAAAAUACUGGAAGUACUUCAGGCAGGUCACAGUCAUUGCUCUGUGAUCCUCAGCACCUGCCAGCUGGUUUAGGUUGUUGCUGGCAGUGAAAGACUUCCUCCCAAAGCUGUUUAAAUGAGAAUGUCCCUGGCGCAAAGAGUACUACUGACAUGGCUUUUUACGUUACUCUUCCUGAUCAUGCUGGUGCUGAAGUUGGAUGAGAAAGCACCAUGGAACUGGUUCCUCAUUUUCAUUCCAGUCUGGAUAUUUGACACUAUUCUUCUAGUUAUGUUAAUUGUAAAAAUGGCUGGACGGUGCAAGUCUGGCUUCGACCCUCGCAACGGCUCCCAAAACAUCAAGAAAAAGGCCUGGUAUCUCAUUGCAAUGCUACUUAAAUUAGCCUUCUGCCUUGCCCUCUGCGCCAAACUGCAGCAAUUUACUACGAUGAAACUAGCCUAUGUAUUUAUCCCGUUGUGGGCCCUGCUGAUCGGGGGUAUGGUUGAACUUGGAUACAACAUCUUCUACGUACGAAGAGACUAAGCUAUACUAUGUGGGCUUCAACACCGAGAUUUGUACCAAAUUACUGGAUUAUUACCGCUUUGCCACAAACUUCAUCUCAAAAUUAGAACGCCAAAUAAGAAACCAGUUGAGCUGGAGACUUUGUCUAAACCAGGCAGGAAGUAGACUUGUUCCAUUUUUUUUUUUUAAUUUUAAAACUUUCACAUAUGCUCUUGUAAAUAAAAGUAUUUGUUAAACA